AUGUUACUUCUAGGAAUUUGGCCAGUCAAAAAUGGAAACUUUAAACAAAUCCUUUACGAAACUUAUUUUUGGACAACAUUCGUUUAUUACAUGAUAUUCAACGUAAGCGGACUCGCUCUGGCUAUUUUAACAUGGUCAGAUAAUUAUUUAACAACCGCUUCAAGCAUGGGAAUCGUUAUUGAAUACGUAAGCAAUGCUUACAAGGUUCUGAUAUUCAAAUCGAAAACAUUCAAAACUCUCAUUUAUGAGCUAAAAGAAAAAGAACGGCAAAUUUUUGAAAGUAAAAAUCCCGAAUUUGUGGAAAUUUACACCAAAAACUCCGCUCACAAUAAAAAAAUUGUGCUAUUUUACACUAUCAUGGGUACCACAGGAAUUUCGCUUUACUUUAUUGCGCCGCUAAUUAGUAACGUCUUUAUUCCUUUGGGUUAUCACAAUGAAACGGGAACCAAAAUUCACUAUUUUAUUGUCUUUAGCUGGUUCCCGUUUGAUCCAGACAUGUAUUAUUGGGCCGCAUAUCUAUUACAAUUUACUGGAUGUUUAUUUGGUUAUUCUUAUAUUGUCCAUUGUGGAGGAUUCUACAUCAGCAUGCUUUCCUUUGUAACGGCACAACUGAAAAUUAUGCAAAAUGUUUUAAGAAAAUUUUCAGUAUUUGCUGAUAAUUUCAGAAGACAAUAUGAAAUAUCUCAGGAACAAGCUGGAUGUUUGUUGAUUAAGAAAUUAGUUGAAGAGCAUCUUCAAAUAAUACAUUUCGUCAAAAGGAUCAAUGACUCUAUAAGACUCUUCACCCUUAUUAAUUUUGUAAUUUCUUCAUUUCAAUUAUCUUUGGUUGCGUAUCAAGUUUUCAAAUUUCCUCCUCUUCAAAGAGUAGCAGUAUUUUCUUAUUUUAUUACUCUAAGCACUCAACUAUUUUUAACGUACAAUGCCGCUCAUACUAUUUCUGCUGAGAGCGAACAAAUUGCCGCCAGUAUUUUUGAAGGAAAUUGGAAUGGUUACCAUCCAACAGUAAUCAAAUCCUUACAAAUGAUUUGUAUUAGAGCCCAAAAGCCUAUAGUUAUGACGAUCGGACCGAUAGCAGACGUGAAAGUUACUUCUUUAUUUCAGAUCUUUAAGGCGCUGUAUUCGUACAUCUGUAUUAUUAUGAGAGUGUGA